CAUUCGCAACAAAAUUUUCUUUUCAUCGAAAAAACAUCACUGAGUAAUUAAAAUUACAAUGGGCAUCUGAAUUACAAUUAUUAUUAUGUACUUUAAUUAAAGAUCAUUAUAUUUUUUUUCGAAUUGCCUCUUCUGUUUAAAAACAUAGAACAGGUCAAAGUUUAAUCCAAAGUGGUGGGGAAGGAGAAUACUUUAUCACUUAUUUGUUCUGGAAAUAUUUUGAGAAUUGUCGUUCACUUAUUUUAGAAGAUAGGCUUAAAAAUGAUCAUGUCAAAGCCAACUAAGGUUAUUCAAAUGAGCAGAAGAUUCUACAGCUCUGGCUCUAAAAACGAUAUUGUUAUUAUUUCUGCAGUUCGAACUCCAAUGGGUACGUUUCUGGGACCCUUAGCACCUUUAUCAGCUCCCAGAUUGGGAGCAGUUGCCAUACAAGCAGCUGUUGAACGAGCUGGAAUUCCCAAAGAAGAAGUCAAAGAAGUCUUCAUGGGCCAUGUUUGUCAAGGAGGCGCUGGACAGGCCCCAGCCAGACAGGCUACAGUUUUUGCAGGUCUUCCAAAGUCAACAAUAUGCACAACUGUCAACAAAGUAUGCUCAUCUGGCAUGAAAUCUGUAAUGUUUGCAACCCAGAGCUUGCUACUCGGCGACCAAGACGUCAUACUAGCUGGGGGAAUGGAAUCCAUGUCGAAUGUACCAUACUAUAUGAGACGAGGCCAGACACCAUAUGGAGGAGUACAUCUUGCUGAUGGCGUUGUAGCUGAUGGUUUAUGGGAUGUUUACAACAAAUUCCAUAUGGGUAACUGCGCAGAAAACACAGCAAAGAAGCUGAACAUCUCCAGGGCAGAACAGGAUGAGUAUGCUAUCAACAGUUACAAGAAAAGUGCCGAAGCAUACAAAAACAAUGCUUUUGCUUCUGAAUUAGUAUCAGUUAAUGUACCACAAAGGAAAGGACAACCAGAUUUGGUGGUUUCAGUAGAUGAAGAGUACAAAAGGGUUAACUUUGAAAAGUUUAACAAACUGCCAACGGUUUUCCAAAAGGAAAACGGCACAGUAACAGCUGGAAACGCUUCAACUUUAAACGACGGUGCAGCUGCUUUGAUCUUAACCACUGCCGAAAAUGCCAAGAGGUUAAACGCUAAACCUCUAGCUCGAGUUGUUGGUUACCAAGACGGUGAAUGUGACCCAAUCGAUUUCCCAAUAGCCCCUGCCGUAGCUAUUCCAAAAUUGCUCGAAAAAACCGGAGUCAGCAAAGACGAGGUUGCCAUGUGGGAAAUCAAUGAAGCGUUCAGCGUUGUUGUCUUAGCUAACCAAAAAAUCCUUGGGCUCAAUCCAGACAAAGUUAACAUCCACGGAGGUGCUGUCAGUUUGGGCCAUCCCAUCGGUAUGUCUGGUGCCAGACUUAUCACUCAUCUCGUUCACUCUCUCAAGGCUGGAGAGAAAGGAGUCGGUGCUAUCUGUAAUGGGGGAGGAGGAGCUUCUUCCAUGAUGAUCGAGAAAUUGUAAGUGGAUCUUGGAUCUCAGAACUGAAUCUUAGGUUUAAGUGCAAAAAUCAUAUAUUUUUUAAGAAUUUUAGAUGUGCAUUUAUGAACUGAUAUUAUAAUUUUAUAAACUA